AUGUUGUGUCGGUUCAUCGUCAGUCUUCUUCUUUUUGUGCAGCUCAGCUAUGCGGACAAUCGUGUCGAUAUGUGUGAUAUUGUCGUUACGAAGCUAGGCGUGACUUUUUAUACGUCCGCCGAGCUGCAAACGGUAAGUCUACGGUAGAGUGUUCAAACGGCACCACAUGGCAUACUUUAAGAUUGCGAAAUGUGCUGAGCCGCAAAUGUACGCCACUCCCAACAAUACCACGGCGAUAGCCACGAGUGUCAAAAACUGUGUGAUUAACAAUUCGGGUAACAAGGCCGUCACAGCACUUUCUCUCUAUACGAAUGGUACGUCGCUACACUACUUUUUGAACGAAUACAGUAUUUCAGCGAACACCUGCCUUAAUCCGGAAUCAUUGAGUGACGUCGUCACCACACUGAUACCUCCCAUUCAGAAACUCGCCGCCGCGUUCGUCAAAGAGCUCAAGUCCACUCUGGCGACUUGCAAGAAGAACAACACGAAGACUGGCGCGGCGAAGCAGGAAGCUUGUAUUCAAAAGUGUUACGGCGUUGCCAAGGCCGCCGUCACUCUGACCUACGUCGACAACAUCUGCAAGAAGGUCGUCAAUCAGAACGUGACGAAUCAGGAGUGGGGGUGCGGACUCAAGUACAUUCCGAGUGUGCUUGACACGACCAAAUAUGGCUGCUUUACGAUUGUCAAAAGUUGA